AUGGACUUCAAACCAGACGUCUGCAAAGAUUACAAGAAGACCGGCUUUACUAAAGGGAAGAAGAACCUAGGUGGUACCGUCGUUGCGAGCGUCAACCGCGACAAGAAGCUUGAGAACGCAGAUGACGCAGAUGAGAUUGCUAUGCUUGAAAAGAUCCCUUUUGCAUGUAUUAUUUGCGAGGGACCGUAUAGAGAACCUAUCCAGACAAGAUGCGGACACUACUUUUGCGAGCCAUGUGCUCUCAAGAGAUACAGAAAAGACCCGACAUGCGCUGCAUGCGGAGCUGGCACGAAUGGUGUGUUAAACCCAGCGAAGAAGCUGAAGAAGCUAUUAGAGAAAAAGAAAGAGCGUGAAGAGCAGAAGAAAAAGGAAGAGGAGGAGGCUCAGGAGGAGCAAUGA